CAAAGUUCAUAGUCCAGACUACAGAGACAUGAACAAAGAUGAAGCUCUUAAGGACUUUAUGAAGAGAAUUGACCAUUACAAAGAGACAUAUGAAAGUUUGAAUGAGAAUAAAGAAACUCUUUUGUCUUUCAUGAAGAUCUUCAAUGCAGGUGCUAAGGUUCUGGUUCAUAGACACGAAGGUCACAUCCAGAGUAGAAUUGUUUACUAUCUGAUGAACAUACAUAUCACUCCACGCUCUAUUUAUCUUACCAGGCAUGGUGAGAGCAACUUCAACCUUCAAGGUCGUAUCGGUGGAGAUGCUGAACUCUCCGAGAGAGGGUGGGAGUAUUCCCGUGCUCUUGCGAAGUUCAUAGUGGACCAAAAGAUCCCACGCUUGCGAGUCUGGACAAGUCAGUUGCAUCGAACAAUUCAAACAGCUUCUGGAAUUGAAGCCCCACAAGAACGCUGGAAAGCUUUGAAUGAAAUAGAUGCUGGAAUAUGUGAAGAAAUGACUUACGAAGAUAUUCAGGAAAAAUUUCCAGAAGAGUUUGCUGCUCGAGAUCAGAACAAGUUUCACUAUCGGUACCCACGGGGUGAGUCUUAUGAAGAUUUGGUGGCCAGACUUGAACCAGUAAUUAUGGAACUUGAACGUCAAGAAAAUGUUUUAGUUGUGGCUCAUCAAGCUGUGUUGCGAUGUCUCCUGGCAUAUUUUAUGGAUAAAAAUUCAGAGGAGCUUCCCUACCUACGAGUACCAUUACACACUGUCAUCAAGCUGACACCUGUGGCUUACGGAUGUGAAAUGAAACUUUUUAAGCUGGCAAUCGAUGCUGUUGACACUCACCGUGAGAAACCGAUGAAUUGCUGUAAAAGUCGAUCCACUGAGGAAGCCUUAAUGACAGUUCCUUUACACUUCUAAUUGGACAACCAGUGCAAAAUCAGGAAGUUUUCUUAUAAUUUUUUGUUUGUUUUCAUUUAGUUUUGUGAGAGUUUUAAAUGUAGUACGACCAGUAGUUUUUUAAAAGUGACUCUUGCUGUUAUUAAAAAUACUUCUAAAGUAUUCACACAACUAACAAGAUAGAACAAAAGAACUUUCGUGUCUCAAGUAAAUCGUAGCCAGGUGGAAUUCAAAGUGUAAAUUUAAUGCUUGUGUAACCUUAGAAAAGCAGUGGUUUUUCCUUGAAAAUUACUCUGCUUAUCAAUCAAAAAACAGCAUGACUGUCACACCUUAACUUCAUUUUAGACAUAUUAUCAUUUUACUCAUAAUAAAAUCCUUUUAGAACUAUUUACAAACUAUCGAGUAUCAAAAUAACUUUUAAAUGCGUUCUUUUUUUUAAUUACAGUUAAACUGUUAUUUACUGAUUUCAAAAAAGAAAUUCCUUCUACUUGUGUUUUUUUAGACUUUGAUUUUUGUUUAUGUGUUAACUUGAAAUAGUCCUCCCCCACUGGGUGAGCAGUAAGUUUAUGGACUUACCAUGCUAAAAUCUGGGGUUUGAUUCCCUGCAGUGAACAAUGUGCUGAUUGUUCAGUGUGUAGCUUUGCAUGAAGAAAACAACAACUUUAAAUAGAAGUCUACAUUAGGAGUUUUCACUUUACUGUAGCUGUAUGUAUAUCUCACCGGUAAGGGGGUGAACCUUGUUAGUGCUGAGUUUUGCUCACAAUUGUAAAUAAAUUAAAGAAAAAGUAUUCUACUUUAUAUGUAAGUAUGUGUGUGUGGAAAAUUGUAGGAACUUAGCAAUACAACAAUGUAGUUACAAGACUUUGGAUUGUGGCUGUAUAAUCAGAUUUUAUUAGUAGUAAAGAUUUUAUCAAAGUGUUUUUUCAUUGUUUGUCUAAAGACAUAUUGUUAACUUUCAGAAAAUCUUGAGACAAUAGGGUAUCUGAUCUCAUCUAGCAGUCCUAAAUCUGUUUCCAUUAAGUGUGGACAGUCACAAGUUCAAAUUCUUACAAGCUCCUUUAACAUCAAAUCUACUUGGUUGUAAAGUCUUAUCCCAGAAGAGCCAAACUGUUAAAAGUAGUGGUAUUGUAACCACUAUUACAGUUGUGUGUGUUGUUAGUUCCUCUCAAGAAUGAACUACAAAUUAGAGAGUUAGUGAUUUAAUUCUGUCUUCAGUUCCCAGUAUUUUAAAUCUCUCGAAUUCCAUUCAAGUUGAUUAAAUACAUAAAUGUCACUCGUACUACUAAACUGUGAAUUUAUUAUUUAGAAAUUUGUUUCUUGUAGUUGUGAUUGUUGUUCAUUAGAAACAGUAUUUGAUCACUUGUGUAGGAGGUUAGUUAUUUAGAGUAUAAAGUUUAAACAAAAUGCAGAAGUGUCUUCCUGAGGUAAAAAUUUUGAGAGCUUCAGAUGAAAAGAAAACAGUUAAGAUAAUUCUUAUUCUUGCUGGUUUGUGAUCACAGUAUACUGCCAUAUCACUGGUUAUGUUGAAAACUGUAUCAAUUAUGUGCUAUACUCUGUUUUUCUAAAUCCUGAUAUUCUGUUUAAUCAUGCUCUUUAUGGAGUGGUUCAUUAUUUGAUUAACUUCCCAUUCAUUAUAAAAUUUGAUCUUGAUGUUUUGAAUGUGAAAAACGGUAAAGUUACAUUUGUUUAUAUUUUACAGGAAAAGUCUGUCAAGCGUUGUUUGUAAGUUAAACGUACUGGUACUAACUUAAAUAUUAAACAAUUGGUGAUGCCCUUGGCUUAAGCACCCCAAACUAUUGGUUCUGACCCUUAAGCAUUAAACAGUUGGUGAUGUCUCGAUGCCCCACAUCAGUGUAACACGCGAUGAAAAGCCAGUCUUUGGGAACUGUAAAAUGUUUUGUGUGUGUGUGUUAUUAAGGUUCAUAAUAGUAACAAGACAAAUUUUAUUAUUUUUGUUUUCUGAAGGAUCUUUAGUUUAUGCCAGUUUUAAAUCAAUACUGCUUGAAAUAACACGUAGGAUAUAGUAUUUGAAUAUAGCCUUGGCCAGAGAACUUGACCUAGAGUCAACACUUCGAUACCCAGACGUGGAUUUUCGUCAGGUUUUAACAUCAUAACAGCGAACCUCAACCGAGUUACUCAUAUCCAUAAAACAUUUCAUGAGACUGACGUAAACAGAAUACAUAAUCAAAGAGCCUAUCUGACAAGACUUCUAACGCGCGGAAACAGUAUAGGUUUCCUGUGUGAAGCAAAUAGUCCAGAAAAAUUACAUAAUUUAUUAAUUUAAUAAUACAGUUGGUCAAAUGAUAAGUUUUGAUAUUUAAAACAUGCGUACUUUUACAAUGCCAAGAAACCUUCCUCGCUAGAAGAAAUAACAUUUUCCAAUUAGGUAUGCCUAAUUAGUUUUACGUAUCUUAAAUUCAAACCGGUCGCUGUGUUUGGAAGGCGCUACAUAUAUUAACAGUAAACUGUCAUUGGGGUUAUUCCCUAGUAUAAACCACCGAAUAUGACGGAACUUGCAAACUUCACAAUUUAAAACACAAUUACACAAUAAGACGUAACAAAAUGCUAAAUUGUGUUGAAUAUCGGUAUACCACGUAAAAUAUUAAAACGUGGUUUUUUCGGCUGAAUUCGAGAACGUAAACAAAUUUAUUAUUCAUCACUAUUAGGCCUAAUGCUGCCGUCGUUAACGUGGCGAAACGUAACAAGUAGUGAUUUAUUUAUUGGCAUGCGCCAGUUAAUGCUUCGUCCACGUUAAAAUAGCUGCUAAUUAUAUAUUAGAGACGGCUGAUAUGGGUAUUAAAACAAAAACAACUGCCUGCUUAGGUCAUCAUCAGGUUAAGAAAUUGUAUCGCGGUGUCGGACUGCGUUUCAACCUUUUUCGACUACUAAACAAACAGUUUGGAUUAACAGUUGUGUACCUGACCAAGACGGCCCGGCAUGACCUGGUUAAGGCGCUCGACUUGCAAUCUGCGGGUCGAGGGUUCGAAUCCCCGUCACUCCAAACAUGCUCGCACUUUCAGCCGUAGGGGCUUAUAAUGUGACGAUCAAUCCCACUAUUCGUUGGUAAAAGAGUAGUCCAAGAGUUUAUGGUGGGUGGUGAUGACUAGCUGCCUUCCGUCUAGGCUUACACUGCUAAAUUAGGGACGGCUAGCGCAUAUAGCUCUCGUGUAGCUUUGCGCGAAAUUCAAAAAUAAACAAACCUGACCAAGCUGACAUAUACGUCUUUGCAAAACUUUAGGUGACACUGUAACCUAAUUUGUUUUUUAAAAUUUUUGCGACCUGGUGGAAGACCCUCCUCACUAACAAAAUAUUAGAACUGCCUCUAUUAAUUUUGAUGUUUACACAAAACUUGUAUUUACCUAAUGGGGAUAUAUAUAUAUGUAUGUAUUUAUAAACAAGAAAGUGCACUUAGCUGUUUUGGGGAACAGUUGCGAUACAGUAGUUUUCAACGCGCAUGAUCAGAAUAUGUAGUUUCAUAGUUGGUUUUGUCAUUAUAACUUUCAUUUCAAAAUACACCCAUUUCUGAAAAGCAGACUUUGGCAUACAAGAUCGGUCGGAAUAUUUUUUUCAAAUAUUUUUAGUUGGUAGCUAGAGUGAAUGUAUUUUUCACGUAAAGCAGUUUUUUGGGGGAAGGGGGAUAUUUGCUAUAGUUGGUCUCAAAAUGCCAUUUAAAACAUUUUAUUCGAAGGUGCCCGAUAAAAUCUGUUGAUCAAAAAAAGUUUACAAAGCAUCGAUAGUGAGAUAUUUUUUCUAUGUGCAGUAGAAUACAACUAACCGAGAGAAAGCUUUAUUUCACUGUGUACGAGUAUGUUGGUGGUGUAAUAACCUGAAUAAAACUUUUUUCUUGGUUAAACAUUUUACUACUUGAGGUUUUAUUCGAAGGAAAAGUGUCGGUUAGUCGUAUGUUGCUCUACCAUAAGAAAAAUACGAGAAAAUCAACACACACCCUUUUAAAAUCAAGUACAGGUUUUUAAUUUCAAGGGAAAUCAUAUCUGGUUUAUAAAAUAAAGCGUCACCGAACCUGCCCGCCUUCUCAGCCGUGACGGCGUUAUAAAUGUAACUGUCAGUCCCAUUAUUCGUUGGUAAAAGAGUUAGCGGUGGUUGGUGUUGACUAGCUGCCUUCCCUCUAGUCUGUCACUUCUAAAUUAGGGACGGCUACGCAGAUAGCCCUCGUGUAGCUUUGCGCGAAAUUCAAAACAAACCAAUAAAAUAAAGUUUUAUUCAGAUAUGAAAUUUAUUGUGCGUAAUAUAUGUUGUGUAAAAAAAAAAUCAUUUAUGAUUUACAAAGAAAGUGUAAUUGUUUGUUACUGUUUUCAGUCGAUUUAAAGGAUUUUAGUAAUUGAAUUUUAAUUAAAAGCUAAGAAUUAGAAAAUAUUAAGAUUAAUUUGUGUUUAUUGUCUUCUAUUCGUUACUGUAAAUAUUCAAAUAUUAUAUUUUAAAUAUCAUUUGUUGUACAAUUUAUAGAUACUUUAUUCUUCUUGUUAGCCAUUAACCUAACGAAGAACGACACAUUUGUUAUAUUAUUGGUUAUGGAAAGUGAGCGAGAAUUUUAAUUCACAAAUAGACUAUUUUCAACUCAAGAAUAUGUUUGUGUAUUUUGACGUGACUGUGUAUGUUAAUUAACUAUACAAAGAAGGAAAUUCUUGAAACCCAAAGUAGCGGGUUUUAGUUUCUCCGUGUUUACAGAGUUUGGAAAUAAAUUAGUUCUUCAAUUA